CUGCUCGGCCUCCUCCUGCCCGCCGCCGCCGAGUCGGUGAGAGAAACUGAGACCAUGGACGCCCGAUGGCUUGACUAUCCUGCCUCCGGAGACUUGCCAGACGAUGAAGACAUUGGCGGAUUCAGGCCUCACUUAACUUCUGAUGGGUCAGAAAUAGAUGAUGCAUCGGGGUCUGGAGACUUCUCAGAUUCUGAAGAUGCCGUGUAUCUGACUACCAUGGAUACUCCUCUGAUAUCUGACAACUAUAUCCCUGGAGAUACUGAGAGAAAGAUUGAAGGUGAGAAGAAAAACACACUGGUGGACAAUGAAAUAAUUCCAGACAAAGCUGCACCUGUUGAAGAGGACGUGUCCAACAAGAUCUCCAUGGCAAGCACAGCCAACAGCAGCAUCUUUGAAAGAACAGAAGUCCUUACAGCUCUCAUUGCCGGAGGGGCAGUGGGCCUCUUGUUUGCUGUCUUCCUGAUCCUCCUCCUAGUCUAUCGCAUGAAGAAAAAGGACGAAGGCAGUUACGACCUUGGGAAGAAACCCAUCUACAAGAAAGCCCCUACAAAUGAGUUCUAUGCUUAAAGCUCAGCAGCACCUUGUGCCCAUCAAGGGGCAAACAGACUGUCUGGAAACACUGUGCCCUCGGAUGAGAUGUGCUGAACAAAUGCUCUUUUUGGAUUGAAUUUCAAAGCGACUUUUGAGAGAAAACAAACUUCCUACGUGACCCUUCCCAUCUUGCACACUAACAAGGGCCCAAUGAAAUACAAAGAGUCUGAAAAAAAAAA